AUGCCAGCCGAUCCCAAAGUAAAACAGCAGGGCCUCAGCAGAGAGCUCUCAGAGGGCCCGCAAGACCCAGGGAUGUUUGAGGACAUACCGCGCGUGCGAGAAAUAGCCGGGGAUCUGGGUUCCCAACGCGUAAAAGACAAAGUAAUCAUCAUAACGGGCUGCAACUCGCCGAUCGGCAUCGGCCGCGCCUCAGCCCACCAAUUCGCCCGCAACGGCGCAAAAGCAGUCUACAUCUGCGACUUCGCCUCCACGCACCUCGACACGCACAAGCGCGAACUCGGCGCCCUCUACCCCGCCGUCGACAUCCACACGCGCGUCUUCGACGCGGCCGACGAAGCCGCCGUCAAGCACGUCUGCCAAGAAGCGCUGGACACGUACGGCAGACUGGACGUCUUCUUCGCCAACGCGGGCAUCAGCAGCGCAAAAGUCUUCUGGGAAGAGGACACGCAGGGCUUCAUGAACAUGAUGCGGGUCAACACGCUCAGCGUCUUCCUCGCCGCCAAGCACGCCAGCAGAGCCAUGCUCAAGACCUCGACGCACAAGCCCUACCCCCAAGGCGCCAUCAUCGCGACCGCCUCCGUCGCCGGCCUGCGCUCAAACGCCGGGCCCACCGACUACUCCGCGUCCAAAGCCGCCGUCGUGAGCCUGAUGCAGACGUGCGCGUUCCAGCUCGCCGGCACGGGGAUACGGUGCAAUGCCGUGUGCCCGGGGCUGAUUGAGACGGGGAUGACGAAGACGACGUACGACGCGGCGCGGGCGCGGGGCAGCACGGGCAAGAUUGGGCAGCUGAACCCGCUGAGAAGGGGCGGGGUGGCGGAUGAGAUCGCAAGGGCGGUGCUGUUUCUCGGGAGCGACGAGGCGAGCUAUGUGAAUGGGCAGGCGUGGGCGGUGGACGGGGGGUUGAGCGCGGGGCAUCCGUUUGUGCCGGGGAAGCUGGCGUAG